AGUUCCGCUACUUGCUGGCUGAAUUGGAAGAGCGCUACCGUCUCUUACAGUUGCAUGGUCUCUUGUACACGAAAACUACGCAAAGAUGGGUCGUAUGCACGCACCUGGAAAGGGUAUAUCCCAGUCAGCUCUGCCUUAUAGGCGCAGUGUCCCGACAUGGCUGAAAAUGACACCAGAAGAUUGCAAAGCAGAAAUCUACAAACUUGCUAAAAAGGGACAUACACCAUCUCAGAUCGGUGUGAUUCUUCGUGAUUCUCAUGGCGUAGCACAAGUACGCUUUCGCACUGGAAAUAAGAUCCUGAGAAUUGUGAAGAGCAUGGGCCUUGCCCCGGACCUACCGGAAGAUCUAUAUCAUCUGAUCAAAAAGGCAGUUGCUAUCCGAAAACAUUUAGAAAGAAACCGCAAAGACAAGGACAGCAAAUUCAGAUUGAUCCUCGUUGAAUCUAGAAUUCAUCGACUUGCUAGAUAUUACAAGUCGAAGGGAACUCUUCCAGCAAACUGGAAGUAUGAGAGCUCCACAGCGAGCGCUCUCGUUGCUUAACUUUCAUUUAUUUCUUAAUAAAUAAAAAUAAAAAUAUAA